AUGCCUCAGCUUCCAAUCCCUCCGAAUUUGAAGUUCGGACCUUUCCCAAUAGCGUCCGAGGUCUUUCACCUCUCAAGAAGUCGACUGUCAUUUGGACUGGUCAACCUGAAACCCAUCCUCCCCGGGCAUGUCCUCAUUUGUCCGGUGCGAGUGGUUCCGAGAAUAUCGCAACUCAGUGCGGCGGAGGCGGCGGAUCUGUUCAGGACUGUCCGGGUGGUUUCGCGAACCCUGGAGCGGGUCUAUUCUGCCAGUGCCCUCAACGUGGCUAUUCAAGACGGCGUAGAUGCCGGCCAGUCGGUGCCACACGUCCACGUACACAUCAUCCCCAGGCAGAAAGGAGACUAUGACCACCGUGGAGGCGGGGAUCAGAUUUACGAAUCAAUGGACGGCGAGGAGGGCAACGUUGGGAAGGCCUUUCUCGAGAUGCAAAGCCAGAGAAGUCACCGGAUGAAUCACAGAAAGGAGUUUUCCGCCGGGCCAGACAGUGACAGAAAGCCAAGGAGCGCGGAUGUGAUGCAGAAGGAGGCGGAAUGGUUAAGAGCCGAGAUGGAGAAAGACAGGACAGCAGAGGACGAAGAAGAAGAAGAAGAAGAAGAAGAAGAAGAAGAAGAAGGAUGA